CAGUGCUGUGCUGGCUGCUGGUAGGGAAGCUAGCUGCUGGCUAACCUGCCGAGCUUCCACCUCCUCCUCCUCCGCCUCGGAAGGCAGCCCAACGGAGCCGUGAAUGAACCGCGCACCUCCAUGCAUCCCCUGUGGCCGCGAUGUCAGCGACAGAGACGGAGGAUGCUGAAGCUGUUCGGUGCACUGGUUAUCCUCGGACUGGCCCUGGCGUGCAUCACCUCCUGGGUGCUGGACAGCUAUGACACGGCUUGGCACCCCAAACGGAGCGUUCAGCAGCCGCCUGCCGGGGAUGGAGAUGGAUCUGCGGGGAGUUCUCCACCAUUUCCCGGCGGCGAGUUGGACAAUAUAUUCUGGUUUAUACAGGUGUCUGACAUUCACAUAAGUCGAUUUCAUGACCCAAGGCGGAUUCCAGAUUUUGAAAAGUUCUGCACCGACACCAUUGAAGUGAUCAAACCAGCUCUAGUGCUUGCAACAGGGGAUCUGACAGAUGCCAAAACAGAGAGUAAGGUGGGCUCCCUCCAGCAUGAGGUGGAGUGGCAGGCCUACCACAACAUCCUCAAGAGGUCCCGAGUGAUGGAGCGCACCCGGUGGAUUGACAUCCGUGGAAAUCAUGAUGCUUUCAAUAUUAUUUCACUGGACAGCAUCAACAAUUAUUACAGGAAAUAUUCAGCUAAUCAAAAAGUGGGCUCCUUCCACUAUGUUCACAAAACCCCCUUUGGGAACUAUUCCUUCGUCUGUGUGGAUGCAACCCUGACGCCAGGACCAAAGAGGCCGUACAACUUUUUUGGUAUUCUCAACCAGACUCAGAUGGACUUGCUGGACACGUUCAGAGCUGAGAGUCUAAAAAGCAACCAGUCGAUCUGGUUUGGCCAUUACACAACCUCCACCGUCGUCUCCCCUUCACCAGGAGUUCGGGACAUAAUGAGGUCUGCAGUUGCGUAUCUGUGCGGCCACCUGCACACACUGGGAGGCCUGAUGCCCGUCCUCCACAGCCGGCAUCCCCAAGGAACCCUGGAACUGGAGCUGGGCGACUGGAUGGACAACCGCAGGUACAGAGUCCUGGCCUUUGACCAUGACCUGCUGAGUUUCUCUGACCUGAAAUUUGAGCAGUGGCCCGCAGUGCUCAUCACGAACCCCAAAGACGCUCAGUAUCUGCACCCGGGGCGGGAGCCGCUGGGUCGGAUACGGAGAUCGACGCACAUCAGGAUCUUGGCCUUCUCUGAGGCCCCGAUCACUGCGGUGCACGUGAGCGUAGACGGGGAACCUGUGGGGAAGGGCCACUCUGCUGGAGGCCCGCUCUAUGUUCUGCUAUGGGAUCCGUCUCUUUACCUCACCGGACUGCACACAAUCAGAGUUAAAGUGGAGGACUCGGCAGGCCGGUCGUCAGUGAAGGAGCAGCACUUUACUCUGGAAGACGAUCUGACUCCCAGCUUUGGCUUCUUUCAGUCCUUCAUCCUCCUCACAGACCACUACAUCCUGGGUCGAGUGGCGUUCAUAUUUAUGAUGCUGCUGAAUGUCGGUGUGCUCCUGGCCUUCAGGUUCCUGAGUGUUCCAUCUGGCAGAGGAUUGACCUCUCAAGUAUGUAUGUCCCUCCAUCUGGUCAGUAAAAUGGACAGCUUCUACUACUCUCUGCUGCUGUUCAACCUGUGCACAGCCUUAGGCCCGUGGUUUAUAGGAGAGCUGAUUGACGGCCACAGCGGUGCCUGCUUCGCCUUUGGAGUAUUCAUUGAUGGACACUUCCUGGAAGGCAGCCUCACUUACGUGGUCGGAGUCGUUCAACUGCUCUUCUUCAACAUGCCCCUCACCUCUUACCUCUGCUGGAGCCUCCACCACCGUUGCCGCGGCAACACCUUCCGAUCCCAGUUCCUGCGGCCGGGCUGCCGCUGGCGGACUCUGGCGGUUCACCUCUUCAUGCUGCUGCUGCUCACCUGGCAGGCCCACUCCUGCUACUUUCUCCUGGAGACCUACGGCCCCAUGGCCUUUUUCCUGUCUCCCGUCCGCACGUGGGCGCUGGGGCUCAGCCUCCUAUUGGUCCACCGCGCCUGGACAGGCCCCGCCCCUUUCGUUCGAGACAACAGCAAGAGCGUCUCUCCCUCUUGACAGUAAUUGCACUGUGCCACCAUGAUCCCCCCCCUCUUUCGAGCCUGACUCACAGAUAUAUUUUGCUGUCUCUUUCCACCCUGAAAGCCUCAAUUUUCCCCCAACACAGCAGCCCUCUUUCCUUCUUUUCUCUCCUCUAUCCAAAGCCACUUCACAGUACAUCACUCACUAUCCUGUUUCUAGAUAGUAUUGUUUACUUAAUAUGCAUGUUAUUGUAAAGCACCAACGCGCACAUUUCUGGCCAUAUUCAUAGCAAUGUGUACAGUGUAAAAAAAUAACUAAAUCACCUUGGAUACAUUAAGGGUAAAUAGCCGAUUUGAGCUAUGGGAGUCCGACGUAUGCUGCAGCUGACCGUAUAUGAGCUGUAUUCUGCUGUGGUUUAAGUUGAGAUUUAGCACUUUUUGGAAGUGUUGCCUUGGCCAAAAGCCACUUCACCACUGCCGAAGGACGAAUAAGAAAGAUUUCACCUUUUAUUCUUCCCUCUGAAAACCACUCGCUAAUGAAGGCUGGAUGUGCCAAACUGAUUCUAGCGUUUACCUUCGAAAUAAAGGCCUACACCACAUUUUACACACUGUAAGCUAUUCCUAACCCCUGGCUUACAGAUACGAGAUGAUCAUAUUCUUGAGUUUAUUCUACUCGUAAUGACAGAAAAUCAAAGGAGGGAAGGUACAAAUCAAUCAAGUACUGUAGUUGGAAGUAGUGUCUUUAAAUCAAAUGAAUUCCAUCGCAAAUAACUGCCAGUAACAACUCACAAAUGUUCACAUUGGAAUAUUCAUAUCAAAAAAAAAAAAGAGGAAAAAAAACGUUCAACGCCAGCUUUUCAGCAAAACACACGAGAAGCCGGCUUGACUUUUCCUGCUCCUUCAAACGCGACUACAAGAAAGCAGCUGUUUGUUUCUCAGGAAUGUGAGCACUUGAACAAUAGGCUGGUCCCAGUAGUAUUUCAGGACAAUGUUUUUAUACUCCAUAGUAGCUCAGUGAACUAAAACCAUGUCAAACAAUCCAGAUGUGUGGUGGCUAAAAACAAACAAAAAAAAAAAUCUACAUGAAUGUGUUCUAGCUGUGGUGAAAUGAGAUCAACCAGUACUAUGCUGUUUUAUUUAUUCAUUCUGAUUGUAUUGUGUGAUUUAUUUUUUUUUAAUCCCCCCUCCCUUCAUGUUAUAAAUCAGCACUGAAAAUGGGUAUUCUUCACCUCCACGGUGAGUGUGGUUAGGAAGAUAUUAGCGCAUUCCCUGUGUUGGAAGUUAAUUUCACAAGAUUUGUGUGUGCAAUAAUGUUUUGUCUUUUAUCGUCCCGAAUGUUAAUUCUUUUUUUUUUCUGUGAAGGUGUAAGAGCAGUAAAUUGUGUCAUUUGCACUGUAAUUCAAUCCUUUCUAGUCGGCAGUAGCGGUUGCCUGGAUUCCACAAGAGAGCAAACGGUUUAUAAAUAUGGCGAAAACCCACAUUUAUCAAGUCUUUUAAUGGAAGGAUUUUCCAAUAGAGUUAGAUCCUGGUAUGUUUUUUUUUUAAUUCUUUUUUUGCAACCAUACCCAGCUUGAGUGCAGAAUAAUUGUUCAGUGCUGCGAUAAGACACGUAGUUUAAUAUUAGAACAGCUGCUACACACUGAGAAAAUUAAAUUAGGUGCACUCUUGCUGGCAGUGGUUUAAUAACUUUUUUCCCUUCCGCCGCAUAGACAAAUCCUCUUCAUUUGCACAGGAGCACUACGAAGUGUAUAAUUUCUGCAUAUAAAAAAAACAGAUACUUGAUGGACUUUUAUUAUUGGAGAGUUUUUUUGUCUCUCCAAUAACACUCAAAGCUGUGCAAUCUCUCCACAAGGAGGCAGUGUUGGGUGAACUGAGCUGCAUUUCACUUCCACCACCAAAUUAUGCAUGGGACUGUUAUUUUAUUUCUUUUUGUUUGUUUGUUUUGUUACAGUAAAGCACCAAGUCUUGACAAGGCACAGUUUAUAACCACUAAUCGAUAAAUGAUCUAUAAAUCUGGACGUGAUUGUUCUCCACUUGGACACCAAUUUGACUGGCAUCAGCGAGGAGGAAAAUGCUGUAAGCGAUGUACUGGUGUUCAUGUGACUUAAUCUGCACCCCCCCUUAGUUUCAAACACUGAAGCAUAUGAAUGAGUACAUGAGGAUUUUACACCUGCCACAUAUUUUUCUUGUGACGACUGAAAUUAGAGCCAACCACAAUUUUAUUUUGUUAAUGGUUUAUAGUGCUGUGGAAUAAAAAUGUUCAUUUCGGUAAAUCA